AUGAAUGAAUGGAGAUCAAAAUUAAAUAAGGUCAUCCGAGGUCCCAGCAUAGAUGAGGCUUUAACUGGGAAUAAUGGGUUUGCUGUUGUGAGGCCCCCUGGUCAUCAUGCCGAAGAAUCUGCAGCCAUGGGGUUCUGCUUUUUUAAUUCAGUUGCAAUUACCGCCAAAUACUUGAGAGACCAACUAAAUAUAAGCAAGAUAUUGAUUGUAGAUCUGGAUGUUCACCAUGGAAACGGUACACAGCAGGCCUUUUAUGCUGACCCCAGCAUCCUGUACAUUUCACUUCAUCGCUAUGAUGAAGGCAACUUUUUCCCCGGCAGUGGAGCCCCUUCUCAGGUUGGAACAGGCCUUGGAGAAGGAUAUAAUAUAAAUAUUGCCUGGACAGGUGGCCUUGAUCCCCCCAUGGGAGAUGUUGAGUACCUUGAAGCAUUCAGGACUGUCGUGAUGCCUGUGGCCAAAGAGUUUGAUCCAGACAUGGUCCUGGUUUCCACUGGAUUUGAUGCCCUGGAAGGACACACCCCUCCUCUGGGAGGAUACAAAGUGACAGCAAAAUGCUUUGGUCAUUUGACGAAGCAAUUGAUGACAUUGGCGGAUGGACGUGUGGUGUUGGCUCUAGAAGGAGGACAUGAUCUCACAGCCAUCUGUGAUGCAUCAGAAGCUUGUGUAAAUGCCCUUCUAGGAAAUGAGCUGGAGCCACUUCCUAAAGACAUUCUCCACCAAACCCCGAACAUGAAUGCUGUUACUUCUUUACAGAAGAUCAUUGAAUUUCAAAGCAAGUACUGGAAGUCGGUAAGGAUGGUGGCUGUGCCAAGGGGGUGUGCUUUGCCUGGUGCUCAGUUACAAGAGGAGACAGAGACCGUUUCCGCUCUAGCCUCCCUGACAGUGGAUGUGGAACAGCCCUUUGCUCAGGAUGACAGCAGAACUGCUGGUGAGCCCAUGGAAGAGGAGCCAGCCUUGUGAAGUGCCAAGUCUCCCCCGAUAUGAUAUUUCCUGUGUGUGACAUCAUAGUGUAUCCCCCCUACCCCAGCACCCACAGACAUGUCUUGUCUGCUGCCUGGGUGGCACAGUUCGAUGGAUCAUAAACACUGGGCACAAAAUUCUGAACAGCAGCUUCACUUGUUCUUUGGAUGGACUUGAAAGGGCAUUAAAGAUUCCUGAAACGUAACCGCUGUGAUUCUAAAGUUACAGUA